CUCGCCGCAACUCCCGGCGGCAGCAGGUGGCCUCGGACUCGCCGCCGUCACCGCUGCCCGAGCGGGCCGCGCGGCCCGGAGCCCUCUCGGUCGCCCCCGACAGGCGGGAUGGAGCCGGACGGGGACCUGGAGGAGCUGGCCCGGCUGCGCUCCGUCUUCGCCGCCUGCGACGCGAACCGCUCGGGGCGCCUGGAGCGCGAGGAGUUCAGCGCGCUGUGCGCGGAGCUGCGCGUGCGGCCGGCCGACGCCGAGGCCGUGUUCCAGCGGCUUGACGCCGACCGCGACGGCUCCAUCACCUUCCAGGAGUUCGCGCGCGGCUUCCGCGGGGCCCACCGCGGGAGACGGCGCUGGGGCCGGGGGCCGCGGGAGCCCGCGUUCACUGCGGCCCUGGUGGGGUCCGACCCCGGGGACAGCCAGAAGGACGAGGGCGACGAGGACGCGGCGGCGGCGGCACCGGCCGCCCACUGGGACUCGGCGAGCCCGGGCCAGGCUUGGCAGGACUUCCAGGCGCGACUCGGGGACGAGGUCAAGUUCAUCCCCAGAAAAGAGCAAGUUAGUACCUUGUAUCAAAACAUCAACCUCGUGGAGCCAAGACUAAUUCAGCCAUAUGAACAUGUUAUAAAGAACUUCAUCCGUGAGAUCAAACUUCAAAGCACAGAAAUGGAAAACCUGGCCAUUGCAGUGAAGAGAGCCCAGGACAAGGCAGCCAUGCAGUUGAGUGAAUUGGAAGAGGAAAUGGAUCAGAGGAUUCAGGCUGCAGAACACAAGACACGGAAAGACGAAAAACGCAAAGCUGAAGAAGCCCUCAGUGACCUCAGGCGUCAGUAUGAAACAGAAGUGGGAGAUCUACAGGUGACAAUAAAGAAACUCAAAAAGCUAGAAGAACAAUCAAAACACAUAAGUCAAAAGGAAGAUGUAGCUGCAUUAAAAAAACAAAUUUAUGACUUAUCAAUGGAAAAUCAGAAAGUUAAGAAAGAUCUUUUAGAAGCACAGACAAACAUAGCCUUUCUUCAGAGUGAAUUAGAUUCUUUGAAAAGUGAUUAUGCUGAUCAGAGUCUGAAUUCUGAAAGGGAUCUGGAAAUAAUCCGAGAGUACACAGAAGAUCGAAAUAGUCUUGAGAGGCAAAUUGAAAUACUCCAAACAGCUAACAGGAAACUGCAUGACAGUAACGAUGGCUUAAGGAGUGCCCUUGAAAACAGUUACAGCAAGUUCAACAGAUCCUUGCGCAUAAAUAAUAUAUCACCAGGGAAUACAAUUUCCAGAAGCAGUCCUAAAUUUAAUGCUCAUUCUCCUCAACCUCUGGGCUAUGACAGGUCAUCCCGCUCUUCCUACAUGGAUGAGGACUGUGACUCUCUGGCCCUCUGUGAUCCCAUGCAGAGGAUAAACUGUGACAUUGACAGCCUGCCUGAGAGCUGCUUUGACAGCGGCUUGUCUACCCUGAGAGAUUUCAAUGAGUAUGACUCGGAGGUGGAGUACAAGCACCAGAGGGGAUUCCAGAGGUCACAUGGCACACAGGAGAGCUCUGGGGGUGAUGCUUCAGACACAGACGUUCCUGAUAUCAGGGAUGAAGAGACGUAUGGCUCAGAAGGCGUGGCUUCCAUCCUGGACUGGAAGCCGCAGGAGUCUGCUAGUGAAGGCAGUGUCAUCAGCUCCUUGAGGAAGCCCAUCUCAGCACUUGCACCACAGACAGACAUGGUGGAUGAUAACCAUAACUCUUCCAGCUCACAGAAGGCUUACAAGAUUGUGCUGGCUGGGGACGCUGCAGUAGGAAAGUCAAGUUUGCUCAUGAGACUUUGCAAGAAUGAAUUUCGAGGAAACACAAGUGCCACCCUGGGAGUUGAUUUUCAAAUGAAAACUCUCAUUGUAGACGGAGAGCGAACAGUACUGCAGCUCUGGGAUACCGCUGGCCAGGAGAGAUUCAGAAGUAUUGCCAAGUCUUAUUUCAGAAGAGCAGAUGGUGUUUUGCUGCUGUAUGACGUUACGUGUGAGAAAAGCUUUCUUAAUGUACGAGAAUGGGUAGAUAUGAUUGAGGAUGCAGCCCAUAACAGCAUUCCUAUCAUGUUGGUAGGAAACAAGGCUGAUCUUCGUGAUGCUGCUGAAGCGGAAGGACAAAAAUGUGUCCCAGGGUACUUUGGAGAAAAACUGGCCAUGACCUAUGGGGCAUUAUUUUGUGAAACAAGCGCCAAAGAUGGUUCGAAUAUAGUGGAAGCUGUUCUCCACCUUACUCGGGAAGUGAAAAAAAGAACUGAUGAGCAUGACAGCAAAUCCAUUACCAAUCUGAGUGGGACCAGUUCCAAAAAGUCAACCCAGAUGAAGAAUUGUUGCAAUGGUUAAAUCCAAAAGAUCCUUGGCCCACGAAGCCUUCAUUCCCAGAGUACUGAAUGUACGUGACUUAUCUGCUUCCUACAUGGAGUGGUACGUCCUACAGGCCCUGUCGUAUGGAGAGUUACAGUGUGGGAAAUCUGAACUGUGCUCUCAGGUCCCUCCAGAACCUCGGCUCUUUUUUGCUAUGUUUCAAUGAGUGAUUU